AUGGAGGAUCGAGGGAGCGCUCAGGUGCCUUCCUUCUCGUCUUUUCAGCCGCUAGGACGACAGGGAGAAAGCAGAAAAACAUCUGGUCAUCGUAAAAAAGGCGCGGAUAAGCAGGCGCGGGAGCGGGGGCAUAAAAAAGGCCACCGGAAAACGCACGAGCCUCGGCGCAGUCGGGCAGACGACGUGCGGCAUGCAAACAAAGAGGCGGGCGACGCCUUUUUUGUGGAUGCGCGUGGAGAUGUGCCAUCUGCAACGUACGGCCCGAGCCAACAUACGACUCCGCGCUUUUACCGCGGAUCUACGAAAAGCGGUCGCAGCAAGGAUGCAUUGCCAGCCGCUGAAGCGUCAAUGCAAGAUGCGGUAGACGAGCAAGCGCCGUUAUUUUCUGCAGAAUCACCGCAGGAGCAAAGCAAACAGCUGCACGCGCGUCUACUUCAGGAUCCAGCCGACUUGGAUGCGUGGAUGGCGCUAGUACACCUUCAACGCGCGUUUCUCGGCGGCACGUCCAAGAAGAACGCGACCGAACCACAGCGUAGAACGUUGGCGGAAAUGCAACUUGCAGUAAUUGAGCGUGCAAAGCAAGCUGCGCCAUCAAAUGCAACAUCCCUCACCUUGCAGCUCGCUUGGCUGCGCAUUGCAACCGAGAGCGGUCUCUGGGACGGCGAGCAACUUGAACAGCAAUGGAAACGUGCUAUUACAGAGUAUACGUCGCAACCACACGUUCAUUUUGAGCAUAUCUCGCAACUUUGGUGGUCUUAUGUACUCUUUUGCAAAACUCAUUGGUCUACGUUUACCAUGGAUUGUGUCGUGCAGGCGUAUUCAGAUGCACUGCACGCCACGACGCGGAUUGCGGAGCAACUGGGGCCAGACGGCGUUGAAUGCAGCACGCAUCAAUUUGCGCUUGUUUCCGACUUGUGUGGCAUGCUUCAUAGUGCAGGGUAUGCCGAAUGGGGUUUCGCCAUUGUCCAGGCGCUGUUUGAAUUUCAGCUGGGCUUUUUUCGCGAUGUCAAAUUGCAGGCAAUGAGCGCCGAAGAUGUCUGCAAUAUUUUCUCGGCGUGGUGGGAUGAAGAGCACGCUAGGAUUGGCGACAUGCAAGCGUACACUGGUUUUUCGCGCAUGAAUAGCGCAAGCACGACAAUCCCGUUGAUGUUACAAGACGAAUGCACGCAUAUGGGGCACGAUGCGCCGCCUUCGCCAUUGCAGCCAACAGCCGCGUGGUGUACCGCGGAGCUCGAUCGCGGAAUGCAGAAAACGCCCAUGGCGCUGACCGAAGCUGACGAUGCGUCGCAAGAUCCGUACUCUUUUGUAUUCGCGCAGGACAUUGCUUCUUUUCUGUACGCACCACUUGCGCCGCUUUUCCCUGCAAUCUUACUUGCAGCAGAUACCAUGCUGCAGCACAUUGGGCUCCCGGUGCAUUGGCUGUGCAGCGCGCUUGCGUUCGGACAGUUUUGUCUUCCGAUGCAAAAUGUGCUAUGCAUGCCUUCCUUGCGACCAGAUCGGAAGCAGUCGCGGCUCCCUGAUGCGUUUUGGGAUGCAUCCUUGCACCAUGACGUUGCGAGCUGUUUUUCUGUUGGACCACAAACGCUAUUUCCACGCUCAGAAAAUGACCCUCGGUGCACUUGGUUUUGUACAUUGCCGCGUGUAAGUGCAGAGACGGCAAGCAUUGCGGAGCGUAUUCUAUGUGAGAUCUCGUCCAUGUUGACGCAACAAGGCGCGCCUAUACCCGCUGCCAUGGUAUCCUUACCGCAAGCAAUGCUCUGUAUGGCACGCGACGAAUCGAGGCGUGCAAAAAAAGCGCUUCGCGCGGCUCUACAGUGCCACGAUCGUUGUGUCACACUAUGGUAUGCCUACGCAGAACUGGAAGCGGGCCUCGGAAAUACGAAAGGAGCACGCAGGGUCUGUAUGGAAAUCCUUGGAUCGUUUGGAGAGGUGCAAUCAGACGAAGAUGCAUAUGGUAUUGCAAGCCUAUGGGCACUCUGGGUACAAUUGGAAAAAAGCACGGACUUGGACGCCUGUGCACACGUUUUACACGCGGCUGCCACGUCUCGCUUGCAGAGCGCUCCGAGUCGCGGCGCAUUGGCGAUGCCAACAAGCGCACUUUCCACGUCUGAGAAAGACCAAGUGCUCGGCACACUGCGUCGCCGCGUCGCAUCCCUGGAUACAAAAGGUCCCGAUAUGUAUGUCGCGCCCGCAUUAGCCUACUGCCUGGCCACAGCGGAGCGCAUGUUUGUGGCCGUGCAAGUAGCGGACAGCUUGACCCGUCCUGCCGCUGUAUAUCGCUCUAUAUUAGACGCUUUUGCACACGCAUCUGGCACCAUGGAACGAAUGCGCGCCGAAGUCGGUGCGUCGUUCCAGUACUUUGUGCAUGAGUACAAGCACGAUACUCUUUCUACCGCGUUCCGCCCACGCGAACUUCGCGCCAUUACAGCACAACUCCUGGAAAUUUGGCCUGAAAAUUCAAUCUAUGUGCACUUUUUGGUGCUGCAAGAGCAGCAUGAUCGCUUGGAGAAUUAUGCACGCACAACAAUCGAGCACACGGUGUUGCGUUCUUGGAAGGCUGGCUCUGACUUUGCGCACGCGGAAGGUGGCACGGGAUUGAGUCGCACGCAAAGAGCAGAACUUGCAUGGGUGCUCGCGAUCCGCGCUGAACUGAUUUUGUCGCGUGCAAACGAAAAUAGAGUUCGAAAUGUUGUGGACCGCGCUCUCGAUGCAGUACGCCACUCGUCCUUGCUGUGGCAUAUCGCCAUUGAAUAUGAAAUGCGUGUGCAGUCUCCGUCUCGUCAAGAACGAAUAAAAACAUUGGUAUACCAGGGUAUACGGGCGUGUCCUUACGACAAGUCGCUAUACCUCCUUCCUUUCCACACCGCGCUGCAAAACGCAUUCACUGCCCAAGAGCUGCAUACGCUGGUCGUUCUACAGGAAGAAAAAGAACUACGCGUGUUUUCCGAUUUAGCGGGACCAGCAUGCAGCAGCGACCAAGACACCAUGGACCGUAUCAGCGCAUUUGUAGAUAAUCUCGCCGCCGACACACCUGAGCCGUGCGCAGCGGCACAAGGGCUAAGAAAAAGGUAA